GUCCUAUUAGACACCCCUACCGCUUUCAACGCCGCCAUAGAGCAACCGCCCACAUGAUGAUGGGUUCUGUUAAUGGUUCAGUUCGGGCCUCGGCGCCGUCUCAUGUGACUAGGAACAAUCAUCUUCAUCUUGGGGUCAACGGUAGGCCGAGUUAUGGAUAUUCAUUCCAAGGCAAUGUUGGCCCCAAUGAACACUAUGAUCCAUUUCCUCAUGGGGGGAGCAGCAUCCGACCUGUUGGACUUGAGGCACCAGAAGUUGCGUUCAUGGGGUAUCACAUUCUCAAUAGCAGUACUGGGAGCUUAUUUGGACGCUUAGCUGGUGCAGCUCCUGUGGAGCAGUCAAUGAACUUACCAUCUCCACCAGGCUCGCAGACGCCUUUUCAAGCCGAAGGAUCUGGAAUGGUCGACGUCCAGCUGCCCGACGUUGGGGAAGCGCUGCUAGCUUUAAGUGCAGAUGUCCAGCCGGGAGAUGGCAUAGAUGGUUCCUCCGAGGAUAUUUUGUCAGAUGUCGAGGAACCCGUUGAGGACCUCUCGGAGUGAGCGGACAGAGGAAACCAAAUGGAAGGUUUGUUUCCGAA